AUGUGUAGAAUUUUUCCCUUAAGGAUAGCUAUUAAAGAUUCGUUGAUUUUAAUUCUUCUAGUUAUAUUUAAUACAAUUCAUGUAACUGAUUUGGCUAAUAAUGAUAUGGAUAUUCAAAGCAAGCAGAGCAAAACCAAAGAUGAUACUAACAACAAGAUUGUGAAUUUUAAUAGCAAUGAAGAUUAUUUGAAGAACUGUCCAGUGGAACAGGAAAAUGUAUCGGACUGUUCUGUACUUAAUUAUCCUUGUAUCAACUGUAAUCGGGACAUAGACUGUAUAUAUGGAGGAUUCUAUAAUUAUACAUGUGUUGUGAAGCCCAAGAUAAUAUGCAAUGGUUCAAAGACAUUUAACAGAACAGCUAUGUGCCGUUUUUGUUAUCAGACAGAGAAAUGGGAACACCGGUGUGAUCAAAAAGCUAACUGCAAUUCUUUAGCUUCACCAACCAAAUAUUACUUAACAAAUUGCACAGUGUCUGAUGAUGUAAUCUGUUUGGGAAAACGAAAAUUUUUGAAGAAAAUCCGAUGUUCCUGGACCUCUGGGACUAGGUGGGGCACUGCACUUAUCUUGGCUCUUACCCUUGGCGGCUUUGGUGCUGAUAGGUUCUACCUUGGACAUUGGCAAGAAGGCAUUGGAAAACUCUUUAGUUUUGGAGGUUUAGGUGUCUGGACUCUAGUGGAUGCACUCCUUAUUGGCAUCCAUCACCUUGGCCCAGCUGAUGGAUCUGUAUAUAUU